UAAAUUUGUCGAGUACAACUUUUGGCGGACAAGGUACUGUUAAUGAAAUAUCUCAUACAACCGUAAACCAGGAAAGUGGUAAUAUGAAUUUUGAUCCUUCAACUAUCGUAGAAAGUGAAUUGCG